AUGCAUUUCUCAACUGUCCUUGGCGCCGCUGCACUGGCUACCCUCGCCAACGCAAGCCCUCUCGUCCGCCGUCAAGGUCCCGCAGUCGGCCAAGUAAUCUCAAAGUGCACUCAGAACGGCGUCGUCGCCCUCACCUUUGACGACGGCCCCUUCACCUACACCUCCCAGCUCCUCGACACCCUCGCCUCCAACAACGUCAAGGCCACCUUUUUCGUCAACGGCAACAACUGGGGCAACAUCGAGACGGCCCCGGGCCCGGACAACAUCCGCCGCAUGAAGGCUGAGGGCCACCUCGUCGGCUCCCACACCUACUCCCAUCCGGACCUGAGCACCCUCUCCUCGGCGGACCGCAUCUCCCAGAUGACCCAGCUCGAGGACGCCACCCGCCGCAUCGCCGGCUUCGCGCCCAAGUACAUGCGCGCGCCGUUCCUGUCCUGCGACGCCGCUUGCUUGAGCGAUAUGGCCGGCCUGGGCUACCACGUCAUCGACACCAGCCUCGAUACCAAGGACUACGAGAACGAUACCCCCGACACCACGCACAUUUCGGCUGAGAAGUUCAACAACGAGCUCAGCGCCGACGCCGCGGGCAACAGCUACAUUGUUCUCUCGCACGAUGUCCACCAGCAGACCGUCGUUUCUCUCGUCCAGAAGAUGAUUGACAACCUCAAGUCAAAGGGUUACCGCGCCGUCACCGUCGGAGAGUGCCUCGGCGACGCCCCUGAGAACUGGUACAAGGCUUAA